AAAAGCGAUGUCAUUUUCAUCUAAUUUGCUGCUAGUCAAAUCGUGAAAUUUAUUCAAUUUAAAAAUUAAACUUUUUUUAUUGAAAAAUGGAUCAAGAAUUACUUCUUAUUGAGGGCGAUGGUUGUUUCACAAUUAUAAAUAAAAUGUCAGUCAUUUUCGAUUCAAGUAUUCCGGAACUGAAACGUGGGAUAACCAUCAAGUAUCUUUGGCCAGAAUUUUCUGCAGUGCAAAAACGUUACACGGGAACCAUAAUUGGCAUGUCAAACAGCGAGAAAGAAUUGCUAACACUGCAAAAUCAAAAAUUAAAGGAAGCUGGAAAAAGAAGUCAGGCAAAGAAACGAAAACUUCAAUGCGACUCUUUUUCUGAAAGUGAGGAUCAAUCAAAUUUCGAUGAAUCAAGUUCAAAUGUAAUUUUUGACAAAAUUCAAGAGGCAUUGCAACUUAACAAACAGUUAACUAAGAUUUUAGAGGAUUUAAAAAAACUCGCUUUUUCUGUUGACCGAAGCCAAGGUAAAAAUUUACGCUUCUCAUCAAUUUCGAGUGCAAUUAAAGAUAACACACCAUUAUUGUCAAAUUUAAAUAAUGCAGUAACUGAGCACCAGGCAUCUACAUCUUUCAAUUCGCUUUUGGAAAAUCCACAUUCCUCAAUAAUUUCAAAAUCCAUAAAAGAAAAAGCAGUUACUAAGCCUCUCGCAUCUACUGCUUUCAAUUCGAUUUUGGAAAAUUAUAGCGAAGACUAUGAGGAAAGUGAAGGUGAACAACAUCUUGAAAAAGAAAACAUCACUGGUCCUAAACUCAUGGAAACAGAGGGUGUUGUUGAAGAGAACAAUAUGUUCAUAUUUACGAAAAGUACUGCCGGCGAUAAGGCUGUUGAAUUGAUCUCAGAGAGCGAUGUAUAUAUCGAUAAAACCGUUUUGAAAGACUGCAAACGCAAAGCAACAUCGCAUAAUGCAUUAGCGCGAAUGCUAAUGUCCAACAUUUUUACUGCAGAAGCACUUCUUCAAUAUAAUUUGGAAACAAAAAAGAACAAGGAAGGACUUCCAAGUUCUGUCAUUGACGUGAUUUUAAAAUAUUGUAUCAAUGUAGCAAGGAAGAAUGGAUGGAGGCCGAACAAUGAUCGGGCAGUAAUUGAUAGUCUUCGCUCUAAAUUAAAAGAAAUAAAAGUAAAACAUGCCCAUAAAACGCAACCGAAAAAGUAAAAAAAGUUAUUCAGUUUAAUUAUUUAAUUAAUAUUAAUGUUCAUUUGAUGGUACAAUUUGUUCAAAAAUU